GCUCACUUCCUGGAAGAACGUCUGGCUGCUCCAGACUCGCUAUUUCGAUAGGAAAUGCAACCUUCUGAGUUGGAGAUCCAGAGGGAGGUUGAGACCUUGCGAGACAUUCGGCGGCGGUCGACUGCACAGAACGGCAUAUUAGACCCUGAUCUCCCGUCCGUCUCUGGCGAUCCGGGCUCGUCGACAGCGUACUGGGAGGACUCUAGCAGCAGCUCUCACGGGGACGAAAGCGACAGUGGCUCCGCCGGCAGGGAGGACCCAUUCAGUCCUUUCUGGGUGCCCGCACGACUUCAUCCAGAAAUUGCCCCCGCGGAAUUCAGACAGUUUCUCAAGGAGCAUGCGAGGGCACCAGCCGAGGAGGCAGCGUUGGAACGGUCGAGCUCGACGGAGUCUGCGAGUCUAUCGAGGAAAAAGUCGAUGCUAAGCCGGCAGUAUGACCCGACGAAGGACGGCGGCAGCAACGAGAACGAGCACGUCGUCCCAAUGAGACGAAACCGAAGCAUCUAUGGGCAUCAAGGCCCUCAGUUGACGAUUAGCGACCUUCAGAAGCUGGAAGAGUUGGCUGAGGAAGCGUCGCAGAGUCGGGAUCCGUCGAAGCUCAGGAGUGUGCUCAGAAGGAGUAUCAGUUUGAAUGUCGCGCCCUCAGUCAUAGACCAGAUGGACGACAUGCCCGAUCUUGGUGACGACGCAGACGCCCCAAUCAUUGUUCCACGACCUGGCCAAAUAUUGCGUAGAACGGCACGCACCAAGAUUCGGAAGUCAGGCACAGGCGAAGGACCGCAUCGCUUCAAGUACGACCGCUCUAGAAGGGGAACUCCCAGUCGCGCGGCCACCAUUGAACCGCGCACAUCCAGCGAUUUCUCGUCCAGUGACCAUGGCGACGAUACUCCAAGCCGCAAACGGGCAGACUCUGACAUUCCUGAUCUGCCAGCGUUCGGAAACAGGCCUGACUCGUACAGCGAAGAGUCGUCCAUCUAUGACGCAUAUGCCAGGGAAGAGUCUGAAGAGUCUGAACCCCAUGGUCCUCUUCUUGUCGCAUCCCCUGAAUCUCCUGAAUUCAGCGUAUCUGAUACCGCUGCGUUGCCACCUAAGCCACUACUACCGCAACCUGCGGCCGAACCUCCAGCAGAGCCUGUUCUGCAUCACCCGCAACCGAAGAGAGCCCUUUCCCUGCCCGUACCAGAGUCUGCUGCACCGCUGGUACACUCCCCAUCACCUGAACUUAUAUCUACAUCCCCUGUCGCAUCCCCUGCCAUCGAAACACCGGCGCCGGUUCAGCAGCCGCAACAGCAACAACGACCUGUGCUUAGCCCCCAAGCAGCCAGCUCUCAGCCCCAUCCGCAGCCUCCCUCAUCACCAAGCCCGUCUGAGCACAAGAGAGAGAAGGACAAAAAGGGCCUCUUCGGUAAAUGGGGUGGUGACAAGUCGGGCAAAAAGGGUCACAAUCACCAAAAGGACAAGGCAGAAAAGGAGUCUAGAUUCUUCGGUUCGCUGUUUGGUGGGAAGAAGAAACAGGAGGACACCGUUCCGCCCAUUAGUGGCGGAAACACCGGUCGCGAGACCGCCGCCGCGCUUCUCGGAGCAUCAAAGUCGGCCAAGAGCUAUGUACCGUCUCCCUCGCCGCAGCCAAUGCAGGGAUACGCCCGCUAUCCAAUCCAUGUCGAGCGAGCCAUCUAUCGACUCAGUCAUAUCAAGCUUGCCAAUCCGCGUCGGCCACUGUAUGAGCAGGUUCUCAUCAGUAACCUCAUGUUCUGGUACCUAGGUGUCAUCAACAAAUCCCCGACUCCAGCUUCCCCGGCUGCGUCCAACGCGCAAGCGCCCGCAACGAACGGUACCGCGGACAAGGAGAAUGAGCAUGUCGAUAAGGAGAAGCAAGAGAAGGAGGAGCGCGAGCGGAUUGAGAAGGAGAGGCAAGAAAAGGAACGAGAGAAGGAGCGAGAGCGCGCGAAUGAGCAGAAGCGGAGAGGAAGUCUUACAAAACAACCAGCGUCAGGCGCACCGGGUGGUCGAAGAGCAGAAGUUCCGGUGCGUGGGCCACAGUAUGAUAUGCAACAUCGAGCGAUAGAACAGGAGUAUGGGUACCCGGGAGGCGGUCCGCCGAGAACAUCCAGCGCACCUCCGACACCAUAUACUCGAGGGCCAUCGACAGCACCAGCACCGUACACCGUGCAGCUGGUACAGCCUCAACCUCAGCCGUCGGCGAAUCGAUAUUACGUUCCGGCAGCCGCACCUCAGUCGUACCCGAUGAUGCAACCUGGCGCUCAGCAACUCCCACCAGUAUCGGGGAUGCCACUAAGGGCUGGCACGUCGCCGUCACCACCAGCAGGACAACGAUAUACUCCUGCUCAGGAGAAGCAGCCUUAUAGCGGUCCUGGGAGAGCGCCAGGACGUUCGUUAUCUGCCUCUGCAACCGCUCCUAUGCCACAGCAACGACAGAAUGGCGUGUUGCGGAAAGGUAACAGCGCCCAUGCUGUCAUGCCCCGACAAAGCGAGGAAGAGGACGUACCGCUGGCGGUGUACCAGCAACGUCGGAAGUGAAGUCCUUUUUUUCCCUACAUUGUUUGUUUCAUCAUGGAUUUUUUGUAUCUCAAGUCUCGUCUAUUCCGCUCUUUCUCCCUCCGCUGUUCACUACUCACUUCACCUCCGUUCGUCUUGUUCACGACAUCUAGAUAUCCCGCAAUUUACUCUAGGCUAUUCUGCGUCAUUCUUGUUACCGCGCACCGAUAUGCCUCCUCAUCACAUCCCCAUCGUUUGCUUUCCGUGGCAUGUUUUUCCAUACGUCUCGGUGGACACCAUGCUAUCUUGC